AUGGUUCAAUCGGGACUAGAUCCUAUAGCUAGUUCGUCUGGAACGAAAGGGGUUGAACCUCAACGUCCAGAUGGGAUAGGAGACUGGAUGCUGGCCAAAAGGUUUCAGGAGGGGACCCCUUCAGACUCAACGGCUACAGACAGAAGGAGGGUGACCGUUGGAACAAAACCAGCAACAGCGGUGAGAAACUCUUUUGCGGCGUUAAAUGAAUUAAAUAUGGAUGAUGUAGACAGUACUGCAAUGGGCCGAGGGGGUUCAUCUGGACUCAAGGGUUUUCAAAUGGGCCCGGGAACAACCCAACAACCAAACCCCAAACGUCAUGGGAGGGAAGAAUGA